GAACUAGUGAAGAAUGAUCUUGAACUUGGAGAAGGGCAUCAACUAUCCAUCAUUAGUGAUAUGCAAAAGCUAAUUACUGAUAUCCAUCUUACUAUUUUAUUGUUGUUGAGUUUUUCACUUUAAUUGAUUCUUUUUCUGUUAUGUUGGUUUGUUAGGGACUAGAAAUUGCUCUGGAUACUUUAUUGCCACUUGUUGAACAUAGAAAAUGUGCAAGACAUGUUCUUGCAAAUUGGUCAAAAAAUUGGAAAGGAGUUGAAAGAAGAAGAGUGUUUUGGAGGAUUGCUAAAUCCACAUUUGAAGCUGAGAUGAAGGACAAUAUAGAGACAAUGAGGAAAUUAGGACAAGAAGGUUUAGAUAAUCUUUUAUGGUACAAUUUGAAUACAUGGUGCAAGAAAUAUUUUGAAGAAUAUAGCAAAUGUGAUGUUGUGGACAACAAUAUGGCAGAAAGCUUUAAUGCUUGGAUAGUGUCUGCAAGGUAUAAAACCAUCAUCACAAUGCUUGAGGAGAUAAGGGUGAAGAUGAUGAAAAGAAUUGGUGAUUUGAGAGAGUUCUCAAACACUUGGAUCACUGAUAUAUCUCCUAUGUCUUUGAAGAUUUUGCAAGAAAACAUUCAAAAGUCUAUGCAAUGUAACUUGACUUGGAAUGGAGAAAGAGGUUUUGAGAUUAAACACCAUGGGUUUACACACACUGUGGACAUUGUUAAUAGGAGGUGUAGUUGCAGAUCCUGGCAGCUUAGGGGAAUUCCUUGUCCUCAUGGUGUUGCUGCCAUUCAUUACAAAAACUUGGAACCAAUCCAUUAUGUGGCUAGCUGUUAUAGCAAGGAAACCUACCUCAGCACAUAUGCCCAUUUUAUUCAGCCAAUGAAUAACAUGAAAAUGUGGUCAACCUCAAAUAAUCCAAUUGUAAAGCCACCAAAGAUCAGAAAGUUGCCUGGAAGACCAGUUAAGGUUAGAAGAAAGGAAGCAGAUGAAAGCAGAAAAACUGGAAAGUUGAGCAAAAGAGGUGCUGUAAUGACUUGUAGCAAAUGUGGCACACAAGGACACAAUAAAAGAGGAUGUCCUACAAGAAACCAAGCUGAUCCAAGUCAAUCAACUGAACCAGUUUCUCAGGCAAGAAGUACUGGUCCAAGUCAGUCAUCUGAACCAUCUUCUCAUACACAGGCUACUGAAAGUGGUAGAGGAAAAGGCACAGGAAGAGCAACAAGAGGAAGAGCAACAAGAGGAAGAGCAAGUGGCAGAGGUGUUCCAGCUCAAUCACAUGAAAAUGUUACAAACACAGAGACUGUAAAUGGUAGAGGUAGAGGUAGAGGUACAGGUAGAGGAGCAGGAUCAGGAAGAGAAAUGGCUCAAGAAAGAAAUGUGAAUGAAGGACUAAGUAGAGGAAGAGGAAUGACUCAACAUAGUCAAACUAGUUCAGAAGCAAACUACAGUAGAGGAGGCCUAGGAAGAGGGAAGAGACCAGUAGAACAUGAAGACACUAGUGGAGGACAAACAAGACCUUUUAAAAGGCCAAGAAUGGUAGGUGUUGGCAUAUACCAAGCUAAAGAUGGAUUUACAACUCUCAAUCCUGGAUUGCCAAGUAGAAGAGUCAUCAAUACUGGUACAAAAGUUACAAAGAGGGCUGAUGUUGUCACUGGUGAUAUUGGCUACACACCAGUACGUGGAUUCAAAUGGAAGGGGAAGACAACUAUUACAAGUAGCAACCUGGAAAGAAUGAGGGCUGAAAAGGUUAUCCAAACUAGGUCUGUAGCUGCUGCUAAUGCUGCUAAUAGCCAAGGCCAAACAACUUCAAGUAGAAAAACUUCUGUGCCAUGGAAGUAGGGCAUUUUGAUGUUGUCUUGUUCAUUUUGACAAACAAAAUUUAACUAAGCAUAUAUUUGUGUUGUUUUUUAUUGGAAACAAACUCAAUUUUGGGUGUAACCAAACAAACUUGAAUGGUUGGAAUCAAACUCGAUUAUGAAGUCUUCUUUUU